UCCGUACAUUCCAAUAGGGACAAGUCCAUGCAGUCAGUUUACAUUCGGACGCGGCGGUGGCUAAAAGUGUUGCAAAUUGUCAAGCGGAUGAAAAAGGACUUUGCUUUCAAUAAAAUAGCAGCACAUAGCAGAGCAUAGUAGAGCAUAGCAGAGACCAACUAAGUGCUCAGUGUAUACAUACAUACAUAUGUACAUUGCGUAUGCGUGCUUGUGUGCGUGUGUUUUAAAGUUGUAAACUCGUAAUUUGCGUGCAACAAAGGAAACGGAAAUUGCAAACGUAAAUUACACAGGUCAUUAAAGCGUUUUUCAGCGAACGAACGAACGACGGCAAAGCAAACGCAGAAAAAUAGCGAAAACACACAUUACACGAAUAUAAACAAAAAAAAAGCAUAUAAAAGCAAGCGAAAAAUAAUCGAAACAAUAAAAGUCUUGAGUGCAACUGUUACGUCUAAUACGCUUUACGUAUCGUUGUUGUUGUUAUUGUGAAAAGUUGCAAACUAGAAAAAAAGCAGAAAAAUGAGGUGUUUACUUUUGAUUGCCAGCAUUUGUCUGGUGUUGAUGUCAUCCGGUCUGAGUGGCGCUGAUGCCAAGAAGAAGAAAUACGUUGGCGAAAAUGGCGGCGAUUUCGAGUUUAUCGAUGAGAUAAAUAAAAACUCGCAAGUGCCCUCGAAGAGCAGCAAUGGUGAACGCAAGCGCUGGAUUCACGAUCCUACAAGUGACCUCUGCCGGCCGUUAAAUUGCAAGAAGCGUGAAAUCUGUCUGCUGGAGGAUGAGUACAGCGCUGUGUGUGUGUCGAAGCGUGACUUACACAAGAACCGUGAUGAAAUAAUCACGAAAGCCAAGUACUUGGAGGAGGAGGCGGCUAAGCGGCGCGCCAAUAAGGACAACGCCAACAACAACAACAUCAAUAUUAACAACAACAGCGAGAAUGACAAUGAUGAUGAGGAUGCGAAGAAUUUCAGCUCGGACGAGGAGUCCCGUGAGGAUGAUGUCUUCUAUGAGAACAACAACACUGCCGGCGAUAAGGAUGACGAAGAGGAUGAAGACAAUUGCAAGCCCUGCCCGGUGGCAAAGCCGACUUUCUUAUGCGGCGCCGACAACCGUACAUACUCAUCGCUAUGCAGAUUGGAUUACCACAACUGCAUACAUUCCACAACCAUAAGGAUAGCGUGCAAGGGAUUCUGUCCAUGCAAGGAAAAUACGGAUGGCAAACGUUUACAGCGUCUCAGUGAGCGUCAAAGUGCUUUUAAUGCCAAAUAUAAGAAGACCAUAGAGCAACAACAGCAGCAGCAGCAACAACAGCAAAAGCAACAAAUGCAACAACAAUUAAUGUACAAGGAUAACAGUAAUAGCAACAACAUUAUGGGCAACUCCAACGAUAAUUUGGACAACACUUUGAACAGCAACAAUUUUAAUGCUAUUAUGGACGAUAAGGACGAUAACAAUCGCCAUUACAAUCACAUAAAUUCGCAAUUCACAUUCACACCGGAGGAAAUCAAAUACGAUAACAAACAUUAUAAGUAUCUCAAGUACACCGCCUACAAGAAGGACAACCAAUACCCCGAGGACAAGCACAAAAUCCGUGGUUAUAAUGAGGUGGUCGAGAAACCACAAAAGUACAACAAGAAUAGCAUGAACAAUGGUUUCCUACCCUCCAAAUCGCCCGAAUGCAAACCACAACAAUUGACCGCCAUCGGCAAUCGCCUGCUUGACUGGUUCUCCGUUAUAAUGGCCGACAGCAAGAAACGGCGACAACAUAGCCAAAAAUCCAAGGCGCACUUCCCACCCGCCUGCAAGACCGAGGCCAAAUGGAUGUUCGGCCAUUUGGAUUUGAACAACGACGGCUAUUUGUCGCUGCAGGAAAUGUACGACUUGGAGCAUGAUCAGAAUGAGCGUUGCAUUAAGCCGUUCAUCGAUACGUGCGAUUUGGAUCAGGAUAAUUCGAUUAAUACGCGCGAAUGGUGCCGCUGCUUCGAGAAGACCGAUCGCCCAUGCGCCGCGGUACGACGAAGAAUCGCUGGCGAUUUUGCAGGUGAGAUAGGCGCCUAUGCACCCGAUUGCGAUAUCCAGGGUUUCUACAAACCCACCCAAUGUCAUAAUUCUGUCGGCGUUUGCUGGUGUGUGGAUAAACAUGGAGUCGAAUUCGCCAACACACGUACUCGUGGCAAGCCCAAUUGUGAGUCCGUUGUGAAUAACGCCUCAUCACUCACCUCCGACGAUGAGGACGAGGAGACCGACGACGACGACAGUGCGGAAGGAAGUGCCGAUCAAAUGUUGGUAUUCUAAAUGAAAUGAAACGAAAUGAAACUAAGUGGCAGAGUUUGAAAACGCUGAACACGAAGGAGGUGCGGGAGAGGAUGGUGUGUAACGGAAACUUACUUGAAGAGACAGCCGGUGAUGGAUGCAGUGCAGUGCGUUAGGGAAGAAGUAAGAAGCAGAAAAAGGAUAUCUCAAACUUAUGAUUUUUAUUUGAAGCAUUACAUAAGUAAAAAUAUAUAUAUAGACAUAAAUAUAUAAGAACAAUGCUGUUUAAGCAGGUAACAAGUGUUGGCGCAAAUUGCAGCAGAAAUCUUUAUAAAACACAAGCGUAAAAGCGGCGAAAGCGGCGAAAGCGCUGCAGUCGAGGUGAAAAUUGGCGAAUAUGUGCGCAAUGAAAAAUUAAUUUUGUAUGUAAAUUAAUUUUUAUAAAUAAAUAAAAUAUAUAUACAUACAUACCAAAUAUAUGUAUGCAUGAAAGAAAGUAUUAAGAAUUAUUGUAAAAUUAUUACAAAAACAAUAGUAACAAUUAGCGUAUUCAUUUCCAUUAAACGCUCUUCAUUUCCUGCAUGCGCUCACAGCUAAUUGCACAGGGUUGCAUUGCACUCACACCGUGUACGCCGCACGCAAUUGCAUAGUACAGUAAUGUAAUAAUAUUAGUAACUAAUGGGAAAUAGUAAGAUUGGCAGCGAGAGCGAGACGCUGCAGAAUUUUAAAGCUUAUGCAAAUUUGCGAAAAAAUUAAGUGAAAAGAGGAAGAAGAGCAAAAUAAAAUUAAAUUAAAAGUAAUGGUAAAGUGGAGCUGCAUAGAAAAUGUAUUGUGUGUUGUUUUUGUAAAGAAAAAAGUAAAGUAAAAAAAGCUUUGGAGUAGUAAGCGCUUACACAAGCAUACAGCGAAACAUACACAGAUACAUACGGAGACAUACACACUCACCUAGAAAACAUGUUACACACACACAUGCAUACAUGCAUAGCUCUAACUCAUACGAAAUAGCAACAUAAUGGCAGUAAACACAAGCGAAAAAUAACAAAAAGCAAAAAAACGAAAAGCCAACAACAAAAACAAAACUUAACAAAAGCAAACAAAGCUACAACAACACCAACAAAAGUGAAACAUCUAACUCCCACACAAGCAAUACGCGUAAUCCGUUUAAUUUUCUUGGUUGAAUUCUCAUGCCGUCGUUAGCUUAUAAAGUGUAGCCAAUUAGAAGAAAGCUAAAUAUAAAAUAAAUUAAAUUUAAAGAAAGUAAAAUAAAAAACAUAAAGAAAUUUAUAAAACGUCAAAGUUUAAGAGCAAAUUAGCGCCUAAGCUGUUGGUCAACUCAUACUCGACACAGAUGAUCAUUUUUAAACUUACAUACAUACAUAUUACUUACAUAUCGUCACCUAAAAUGCAAAACAACGUAUCAUCAAAAAAAUCGAAAUUGAAUGGAAUUUUUUAUUGCUUACGAUUCACUACAUCAUUUUACAUACAUAUAUGUAUGUAACAUAAAAUUUUCAGCUUUCGCGGUCAGAAGUAACCAAUUCAUAACCAAUACAUAACCAAUAUAUAACCCAUAUAUAACCAUUUUAUAACCAAAACUUAAAUUUUGUUGUCAUAUAUGUCUGUGGUUUCUAUCAUAUCAUUUUUCCUCUGCCUGUGAACUUAUAAAAAGUGAUGUUACGUUAUUUUGCAUUUUAUGUGACGAUAUACUAUAUAUACAUACAUACAUACACAUGAAUUUACUUCGCAUUUAUUUUUCACAUUUCACUCAAAUUUUGUUCUUCUACAUACUCCGUUAGACAAACUUAUGUAUCGUACACGCUAAAAUUCCGCCCAAUAAAUUUUGUGAUAAGUUUUCAAAAUAAAAAAAAAUUAAUAAUAAUAAACAAAACAACAACCACAACUAAAGCAAAUAUGUAUGCAUUUAAGAAAACGCGAGAAAGGUGAAAAAAAAACACGCCAGCAAGUAAAACAUAAUUUGAAACGCCACACACACACACACACACACUAAUACCAAAACACUGCAAGUUCGUUUAAACAGAGCUUAAGUUGCAACUUAAAAGCAAAACAGGACUCUAUAAAAAGAUAUUAACUAAACUAAACUAAAAACGGCGCGCAGAAAUGCAGCAGCAAAUAGAAAAAAUAAAAUAGAAAGAAGAAGAGCAGAAAGCAGAGAGCGCUGCCAGCUGCUUUGCAAAGUUUAGAUGAAAGCAUAAUAACUAAGUGACAGUAACAAAUUGAUAAAUAAAAGAGUAAUUAAUGUGAAACUGCUACCUACCUUAUAAACUGGAAAGAGUUGCCAACAUAGUUGUAUUUAAUGAAACCAAUGAUAAGCUUAUUGAGUGUACGAGUAACGUUGAUAAAAUAUGUGUAGUGCAAGUCGGAGAAAAAUGUCGCGCUGAGAAGAAAGAAAAUAAAUAUAUAAUAUAACACAUAAAUAAUAAUACCAAUUUUACAUAAUAUUUUAAUUUUUCAAUUAUUUAGUUUAAUACAAAUCGCUUAACUUGUGCGCAAUGCAAUUAUGAGCUUUCACACGAGCUUUCGUUUGAGUUUUCAGGCAUUGCAAAUACCUUCCGUUCAGAUAAAGUACUUCAGUAAUAAAAACCCGUUAUUAUUUCAGCUGCCUUAGCAGGUGUCAAUUGUGCGAAAAUUCAUGUAAGCUUUCAUCAGAGACUGAAAGCUUUUAAAAAAUGUUUUCUAUAAAAAUAUUGCAUACCAAAAAAAUGUAUUUAAAUAACAUUACAAUACACUUUAAUUCAUAAGUCUAAAGAGCAGAAUAUUUAAAGCUUUCAUGCAAGCUUUCACAAAUUGUGACCAAAUAAAUGCAUAAAAUUUAAUUUUCACAAAAUUGCAAGUUAAUAAUCGUAAAAAGUGACUUUUAAACUUUAUUUCCAUAAAUCCAAUGAAGAGUUUGACAUUAAAUGGCACACUUUGUGUAACAGCCUAAGAAAAGAUGAGUUUUGGAAAUUAGAAAUAAUUGUUUCAAAAUCCUGAGGCUAUAUUACUACAUAUUUUCAGACUGCACAGUAAAAUUUUUGAAGAAAAAUAUGUAAAUAUAUUUUGAAUUAGACGCGAUCUCCAACGGCGUUAACAAAAAUGUUGUAAUGAUGCUGGCCUGCUUUGUGGAUGAAACCGAAAAACCCAUCUCUUUUAAGCUUUCAUUGGAGCCUUCAUUGGAUGAAAUUUAAAAAAUGCGGUUUUGAGCGUUGAAGCUUUUUAUAUAAUCACUGAAAAUAUAAAACAUGUUUACAUGACAUGACAUCAAUUUUAUUUUAGUACAAUUUAGUACAUAUUUCAAAUUUUUGGUAAUAUUCGAAGGAUAUAGAUUAGAACCUUUCCAUACUUUUUCAGUAUUGUAAAGCAGCUUGCGCUUACGUGAUCUAGUUUGAGCUUUCAUCAAAAGUAGUGUUCAUAAAUGUCAACAAAACCUUAGCUUUCACAAACUUUCACUAUAGUUUAAAAUUUUAGUGAAACUGAUUUUCCAUUCAACUAAAAAGAUUACAAAAUUAAAAGCUUUGGUAGCAAAAGUUUUUAGAACUUCGAAGAAAUUGAUAAAUAUUGAUAAUUUUAAAAAAUAUGGUUGAACUUUCAUUGCAUAUUGAUAAUUUAAAUAAUAUGGUUGAGCUUUCAUUGUAGUUGAUUCGAAAAAAAAUUCAAAACGCAAUUUAUUUAAAUUAAAAAAAAAACUAUAAAAAAUGCAAUGAAAGAUUUUAAAGAAUGAAAAUAAAUUUCGUUGGAGCUUUCACAAAAGCUUUCGCCAUUUAAUUAAAAAUAUUACAACUUUUUCUAUGCGAUUAUGUGGGACUCAUAUUUUUUGAGGUGUAUAUUGUAUGGCGCGCGUCACUCGUAAAUUCGUUCGUUAUCAAUAGUAAACCAUAGUAACACCUUUGAAUAAAAAUUAAUUACAUGCGAUUUUUUUAUUGCUUGACACACAUUUUUGUUGCAGCUAAGGAAAUCUUCAAUGCUUUUUCAUUAAUAAAUACACUUUUUGUGCAAUAUUUUCUUUAUAAUUGAAAGAAAUAAAAAGUCUAUGCAACAAGGCACACCGUUAAAGUUUACAAAAACUAUGCUGUAAGUAGUAAAAACUAUAAAUAUACAUAUUUACAUAUAUAUAUAUGAAAAUAUAUGUAUGUUUGUGAUGCAAGUUAUGAGAUUGAAGCGCUUAAUAAGAGGAAAAAGAUUUAGAAAAAGCCAAGCAAACGAAUUAAAUGAGGAAUGCGAAAAAUGGCGGUAAAAAAUAGUAAGAAAUACAACAACAAAACACAGCAAAGCGUAUUGUGCAAAAAUCAGAUAUUAUUGCAACACAAUUGGCGGCAAUUAAGCGACUAAUAGAGAAAAGAUUACAAAUAAAAAACGCGAAACACGAAGCAGAUGAAACUGAUGAUCAAUACAAUUAAGUAAACAUAAAAUUAAAAGAAAAAUAGCGACAAGCACACUAGAACAAAGCGGUGUGUGAAACCUUCAAUUAUAAGCAUUUUUAGCCAAUAAUAAUUACCGUAAUUGCUACUUUGAUAAAAUUCGAGAGAAAAUUGAGAAUUAAAUGAAAAAUCACUUAGAAAAUAUUUGCUGGAAAUGAAAAAAUAAAAUAAAAACGUAUAAGAAGCAAAGCAAAAGAAAAUUUAAGUAAAUAAGCAAAUAAAACAUAUUUACAUGUAAUUUCUGUGCACUCAUGAGUACUAUAUGAAGUUACAGAUUUACUAUAUAUGGGUAUAUACAUAUAUACUAUGUAACUUAAAAAUGCUUUUUUGACUUGUUGCAUAAGCGCAUUGAGUUAAAAUCAAUUAUUAUAAGCGGAAACAAUGCGCGGCAGCAGCUAAAAAAAUAAUGUAUAUGAGACAAGUGUAUUUGUAUUUAGUUGGAAAUUGUAAAAAACAGGACAACAACAACAAUUUAAAAUAGACAAUUUUGCGUAUUCUUUGUUGCAGGCGGAAAUUGGCUACAGAACAAAUUGAAUUACUGCAAAUUCAAUAUAAAAGCACUGGUAUUUAGGCGGUAAAUAUGCAGAAAAAAAAACAAAAUUUACACAUACAGUGUGUAACGAAACUGUUCAUUUUUAUUUUUUUAUUACAUUAUUAAGCAUUUGAUUAAUUUUUAUUAUAAUUGUAGAGGCGUGUGGAUUUUGGGCUCCAUGCGAGAAAUACUUAAUUUAACAAUUUUGAAUUUUUGAACUCUUUUUUUUAUUGAAAAGGGAAGUAUUGAUUGUAUUUUACAUUUUUUGCAGAAAUAUUUUUAAAAUUAUAUUUUCAUCAUCAAACGUGUAUCGAAAAUUUUUAAUUCAACUAAUUCAAAAAAUCCAUUUAAUUUAAUUAAGUGUUCAUCGCAAAUGUUUGAUUUAAUUAAAUAAAAAUAAUUAAUUUAAUUUAAAAAUAAUUAAUUUAAUUUAAAUUAGUUAAAAUUUGCGAUGAACACUACACGAACAAAACAAAAACAACUUUAUGAUUAAAAUUUUUAAUUUAAUAAAUUAAUAAUAAUUAAUGUAAUUAUGUAAUUAAAAAUUAAAAAAUUUAAUUUUAUUAAUUAAUAAUAAUUAAUGUAAUUAAUUAAAAAAUAAAAAAAAAAUUAAUUGUAUGCUCAGCACUCUCCAUUUUUUUGUGAAAAAGUUUAUGAACUUAACGAAAAGUAUCACUUUUUUAACUCUUUAGAAGCAUUUUAUGAAGGGUUUCAAGGGUUAAGCAUUUUAUAAUUAAAUAUUCACAUAAAAAAAAUUCAAUAUUCUCUUUCUUCAAAUAUAAAUUAUUUAUUUUUAACAAGAAUUUUAUGAUACCGUUAGGAGUUUUUUAAUUAAAAUUUUAUGAUACUGUUGGCUGCAUGUUUUGGAACCACGGAUUUCACCAAAGGGCCACAAUGUUUAGUAAAUCUCAUUAUUUGUAGAUAAAUGUUUCAUGCGAAGCUACUGAGAUUUAAGAGAAUAGGUCUUUUCUUGACGAAAGCUAUCGCAGAUAAUUGCUUGUCUUUGAAGUAGGAACUUGUCAGAACUUUUUCAUACCACCCAGCCAUUAUUUUCCAACAAAAAUAAACUAUUUCCCCACACGUAAGUAUGGGGACUGAACUUAGAACUUCGUGUUUUGGUGAAAUUUUUAAUUUUUUUCUUUGAGUCUGAAAAAUAAUACUUUAUAUUUUUAUUUUUAUGGAGAUAUUUGAUCCUUAAUCUUUACCAUACCUUAAUUUUUGACGAACUUUAAAAAAAUGCGCUUAAAAAGCUAUCGGUGAAAAUAUUCGAAGAGAUUCGAGUUGCUCUAAUUCGGAGAAAACAUUUGAAAGACUCACAGAUCUGCUUUAACCCCUCCAAUCUUUAUCAAAAACAAUUUUUGACGCACUUUGGUAGAAGAAGGAAGGAAGCAUAAACCGAUUACUGAAAAAAUAUUCACUUAAGCUUUUAUCUGAGACUGAGGUACUGUGCUUCGAACUGCACUGAUUCGGAGAAAAUUUUUCGCGAAAAUAUUCAGAGAGCUCCUUUAACCCCUUCAACCUUUAUAAGAACAAAAUUUUGACGAACUUUGAAAAAUGGGGUUAAAAAGCUUUCGACGAAAAUAUGUGGUGAGAUUAGCGUUGCAUUAAUUUGGCGUGAAUGAUUGAAAUUUUCAU